GUCGUUUUUAAAAGUCUUUGUUUGUUAUUUCUUCUUCUCUCUCUCUAUCUCCGGCGACUGUGAAUUAUGUGGUCGGCGACGUUAUCUUUCCCUUCUUUUGUGGCUUCUUCAUCUUCUCUACCAAAUUACAGGAACCGUAGGUUUCCGAAGAUUAAAGCUUCGCUUUUUAAUUACCCACUUGCGAGCAAAAUCAUGGUCAGAAAUUUACCGUUUUCUACAAGUGAAGAUUUUCUAAAGAGAGAGUUUUCAGCUUUUGGAGAGAUAGCUGAAGUUAAGCUUAUCAAAGAUGAGUCAAUGAAUAGAUCAAAAGGGUAUGCUUUUAUUCAGUUCACGUCUCAAGAUGAUGCUUUUCUUGCCAUAGAGACCAUGGACCGUCGGAUGUAUAAUGGUAGGAUGAUUUAUAUAGACAUUGCGAAACCCGGGAAGCGUGAUUUCCAAGGACUGCCGAGGACUUCUGGUCCCCCUGAGAAGUCGGAUGUGCCAGAAGAAGAAGCCAGUAAUGAUGAGGUCGCUGAUUGCUGGUAUUAAUUGUUAGUAUCAAGCUCCCCAAACUGUAAACUGAACUUGCAUAAGUCAGAUGUCUUAUC